UUUUCGUUCUUUACACACGUCUCACUUUUCUCCCACUUCAUUACUGCACUUCUUCCUCUCUCCUUCCAUGGCCCCAUCCUUCUUUACUGUAUAACUCUUCUUUCUCUCUCUCUCUCUCUCUCACUUUCUAUGAGAUGCAUGCAUUUCACAAACUUUGCGGUCAAUUUUGAACAUCACUCCACUUAAUAUUCUCUCUAUACUCUCUAUAAAUUGAUGCUUCCUAGCCCUCCAUCCCUGCAACUGACAGGUUUCCAACACUAAAGUAUUUUCCUUCCCUUUGUUGGUUUUGAGGCCCCCUUUGUAAUUUAUUGCUGAUUUUUCCAGUUUCAAUGAGAAACGCAGUAGGAGUUGAUAAUUCUUUUCCUGAACCUGAAACCCCCUUCUCUGUUUCAGUGAUUUUGCCUCCUCCAUUAAUGGACCUUCACAAGGUCCCAACCCCACCUUCCAAAACCACUUUUGAGGUACUCAAAAUCCGGUUUUCCGAUAUAUUCUUCCCUGAAAACCCAUUGAAACAAUUCAAAAACCAGAGUGUUUGUAGAAAGUGGGUUUUGGCCAUUCAAUAUCUAUUUCCCAUUUUUCAAUGGGGGCCCAAUUAUAGUUUGAAGCUUCUAAGGUCUGACAUUGUAUCAGGAUUCACCAUUGCCAGCUUGGCUAUACCUCAGGGUAUCAGUUAUGCAAAGCUGGCGAAUUUGCCCCCAAUUAUUGGCCUAUACUCCAGUUUUGUACCACCAUUGAUUUAUGCAGUGCUUGGGAGCUCCAAAGACCUGGCAGUGGGACCAGUUUCCAUUGCAUCUCUGGUUAUGGGAUCAAUGCUUAGAGAGAAAAUCUCUCCAACUCAAAACCCUAUUCUCUAUCUUCAGCUUGCUUUUACAGCUACCUUCUUUGCUGGUGUUUUCCAGGCUUCAUUGGGUCUGUUAAGGUUAGGUUUGAUGGUGGAUUUCUUAUCUCGACCAACCUUGUUGGGGUUCAUGGGCGGAGCGGCCAUCAUUGUCUCCCUUCAACAACUAAAAGGAUUGCUUGGUAUUGUUCACUUCACCAAGCAAAUGGGAAUUGUGCCUGUUUUAAAUUCUGUUUUCAGCCAUACAUCUGAGUGGGCAUGGGAAACAUCUCUCAUGGGCUUCUGCUUUUUGGGAUUACUUCUCGUAGCAAGGCACAUUAGCUCAAGGAAACCAAACCUGUUCUGGGUUUCAGCAGCAGCACCAUUAUUCUCUGUUAUUCUUUCAACUUUGUUGGUCUACAUAUUCAAAGCUCAGCAUCAUGGGAUCUCUAUAAUUGGACAACUUCAAGAAGGAUUGAAUCCACCUUCAACAAACCUUUUGUGUUUUCAUGGUCCUUAUCUAGGCCUUGCUAUCAAAACUGGGAUUGUGACUGGGAUUUUAUCUCUAACAGAGGGAAUUGCAGUUGGGAGGACCUUUGCUUCCCUGAAGAACUACCAGGUUGAUGGGAACAAAGAGAUGAUGGCAAUAGGAUUCAUGAACAUGGCUGGUUCAUGCGCUUCAUGUUAUGUCACCACAGGCUCCUUUUCGCGGUCUGCUGUAAAUUACAAUGCCGGUUCAAAAACUGCAGUAUCAAACAUUGUGAUGGCGGGAACAGUAAUGGUGACACUGCUCUUCCUUAUGCCACUGUUCCAUUACACGCCGAACGCCAUCCUUGGAGCCAUAAUAAUAACAGCAGUGGUUGGUCUCAUCGAUCUUCGGGCCGCUUAUGAAAUAUGGAAGGUGGACAGGUUGGAUUUCUUUGCAUGUCUAAGUGCCUUCUUUGGUGUUCUCUUCAUCUCAGUUCAAAUGGGCCUUGCCAUUGCUGUUGGGAUAUCUAUAUUCAAGAUUUUACUUCAUGUGACAAGGCCGAACACUGUUAUUUUGGGUAAUAUUCCUGCUACCAAUGUAUUCAGGGAUAUUGGACACUACAAGGAAGCAUCAAGAAUCCCCUCUUUCCUCAUUUUGGGAAUCCAGUCUCCCAUUUACUUUGCAAAUGCUACUUAUUUACAAGAAAGGAUCAACAGAUGGAUAGAAGAAGAGGAAGAUAGAAUUAAAAACAGUAGGGACCUCACCCUCAAAUGUGUCAUAUUAGAUAUGACAGCCGUUACCGCAAUCGACACCAGCGGUAUCAAUUUUCUUGCUGAGCUCAAGAAAACAUUGCACAAAAAAUCGCUUCAGCUUGUGCUGGCCAACCCAGUAGGAGAUGUGAUGGUGAAGCUCCAAUGUUCCCCAGCAAUGGACGCAUUUCAGUCGGAUUCUUUGUAUCUAACGGUGGCCGAGGCCGUUUUGGCCAUCUCUUCCAACUUCAAGGAUUACCCAUAAUAAUCUGUCGGCAGGGGCGGCGGCGGGCUUUUUCGAACAUAUCUCUCUCCCUACCGUCAGACAUUAGGCAAACAUAACGAGCUCGGAUGCCGCCUUUUAUAUGGUUUUUUUUUGUAACGACAAAAAUGUAUGUUGCUUAGACAAAUUUGAGAAAUACAAAAACCCAUUGCGAGUCAUUUUUCAAAGAGAUGUACCAGCAACAGAUGAGUACAAGCAAAAAUCAACGGUGAUUUCGCCUACCUUCAUCACUGUACAAAGUUCAUCAUGCGGUCACAAUUACCUCGUAGUAUUUUUUUUUUUUUUUUUUCUUACAAAUCGAA